AUGACACCUAGACAAUUGAGAGUUCAGAGGAAGAAGUGGAUAGUUAAUUUAAAACGUCAUUAUGAAAGAAAAAAGAAAGAGAAAGCUAUUCAACAGUUGUUACUAGAUAAUUCUCCACCAAAUAGCGACAGUGAAGUACUUCCAGCUGAACAAGAUCCUCUCACUCUAUCAGCUGUAAGCCCCAUGCCUAAUUCAUGUCUAAAUCGUUUGGAUUACGGUAAUAGUAACUCUUGUCAAGGGUGCCUAAAGAAGGAUAUUCUUCUGAGGAAGGUUCGCUACCUACAUAAAAAAGAAAUAGGCAUUUUGAAACAAGAAAUAGAAAAAGCGAAGAAACAGAAAGAUGCCAUUAGAAAAAUGUUGUAUAGAAUAAUGAAAAAUAAGAAGGAAAAUGUAAAUAUAUCGACUGAAGAAAAAGUAAAACAAUUGGUAGAAAAUGUUAAUACACAAAAGCGUGAAGAAAUUAAAAAGAGACUAAUGUUUGGUGAAAUACUUUCAAGAAGUGUUGGAGAAGGGUACAAGCGCUUGAAGAAAAAGGACAAGAAAGAAUUCUCUGAUGUGGUUAUGACAGAAAAAGAAAAGUUUAAAAAAUAUAAACUUGACACAAACAAAAAUAUUUACAGUAAGAGAUAA